AUGAGAGGAUCCAAAGUAUCUCGAUGCCAUUGGCCCAAGGAGCUUUGAUAUCAUCGCUCCUGCGCGCGCACAUGCAAAUGAGAGCCCUGCCAAAUGCCCGGAGUUCGAUUGGGUAGACCCCGUACCUGCCCUUCCUUUUACUGGUCGCCUUGCGAGCUUGCUGUCUUAUUGGUUCCAAAAUCCUGGUAACAGGUUGGGUCCAAUCAGGAAUGGCGCUGGCGCCUGCGAGGAGGGCAUAAAAGGAGUCGAGGGUUCUCUUGCUUUAAUUGCUAUUUGAUUUUUUGCCCCUUCUGUGUUUGAGCGGAGAGCCGAGUCGGCGUUGCAAUGUCCGGCCGUGGCAAGCAGGGGGGGAAAGCUAGAGCGAAAGCCAAGUCUCGCUCGUCUCGUGCUGGACUCCAGUUUCCCGUAGGGCGAGUCCACCGCCUCCUUCGCAAAGGAAAUUAUGCCGAGCGGGUUGGUGCCGGAGCCCCCGUUUACCUUGCUGCAGUGUUGGAAUAUCUGACAGCCGAAAUUCUGGAGCUGGCUGGCAACGCUGCCCGGGAUAACAAGAAAACUAGAAUUAUCCCUCGCCACCUCCAGUUGGCCGUCCGUAACGACGAGGAGCUCAAUAAGCUACUGGGAGGCGUCACUAUUGCCCAGGGAGGCGUCUUGCCCAAUAUCCAAGCGGUGCUACUGCCCAAGAAGACCGAGAGCCACAAGGCCAAAGGCAAAUGAAGACACCCUCCCUGUAAAAACAGCAGUGUAAAAAACACAAAAGGCUCUUUUAAG